AUGGAAGAGGGAAAUCACUCGGUGGUGACUGAGUUCAUUCUCUCAGGACUGACAGAUCGUCUGGAGCUUCAGGUCCCCCUGUUUGUGUUGUUCCUACUGAUUUAUGUGGUCACCCUGGUGUGGAAUGGGGGGAUGAUCUUGUUAAUCAUGACUGAUUCCCGACUCCACACCCCCAUGUACUUUUUCCUUGGCAAUUUGUCUUUCUGUGAUUUCUGCUAUUCCUCCACAAUUGCCCCCAAGAUGCUGCAGAAUUUCUUAGCCGAGAGGAAAAGCAUUUCUUUCAUCGGCUGUGCUGUGCAAAUGCAUGUCUUCAUCGCUUUGGCAGAUGCUGAGUGUCUCUUGCUGGCUGUGAUGGCGUAUGACCGUUAUGUGGCCAUCUGUAACCCGCUGCUCUAUACGGUCACCAUGUCCAGGUGGCUUUGUAACCUGCUGGUGGCUGGGGUGUAUGGAGUAUCGUUGGCGGAUGCAACGACAAGCACGUAUUAUACAUUCCGGCUGUCAUUCUGCCACUCCAACGUCCUCAAUCAUUUCUUCUGCGACACCCCCCCGCUGCUGGCGCUCUCCUGCUCUGACACCCAAAUCAAUGAGAUUGUGCUGUUUGCCUCCAUGUGCUACACUACAGUGAUCAGUAUUGUGAUCAUCCUCCUUUCCUAUGUCUGUAUCAUCUCCACCAUCCUGCAAAUCCGCUCUGCCGAGGGUCGGCGCAAAGCCUUCUCCACCUGCACUUCUCACUUGACUGCAGUGGCCAUGUUUUAUAGCACUCUCCUUUUUAUGUAUUUCCGACCCACCUCUAGCUAUUCCAUGGACACCGACAAAAUAACCUCACUCUUUUACACACUGGCGAUCCCCGUCUUGAACCCUCUCGUCUACAGCCUGAGGAACACGGAGGUGAAGGGCGCCCUGAGGAAAGCAAUGAAUAAACUCCAAAGAAUUUCUUGA